GCGAGAGGGGCUCCGCACAUCCGCGCGCGAAGAGGUUCAGCCGGCGUUGCUGGACUCGUCCUCGGGAAAUAACACACGGCGCGCCAGUAGGGUUACCGCGAAACGAUGGCUGGUCUCGUCCUCGGCGCCGCCGCGCCGGCCGUCGGUGCCCGCGCGCGAUCCACCUCGCGCGGCCCCGCCGCCCCCAAGGCUGCUUACUGCAUGCCCACCCACAGCGGCCUCAAGGCGAACCCCCUCGCGAUGGCGCGCGACCGCGUCGCCACCCUCGGCGAUAAGGUGCACGCCUCGCUCGCGGUGGCUGGGGGUUCGGGGAAGGGCGCGCGAUCGGUCGCGACGAUGAUGCCCAUCGGAGUCCCCCGCGUCCCUUACAAGACCCCGAACGAGAACUCUUGGCAGUGGGUCGACAUCUGGAACUGCCUCUACCGCGAGCGCAUCGUCUGGGUCGGCCAGACGAUCGACGAGGAGCUCGGGAACCAGCUCGUCGCCACGAUGCUCUACCUCGACUCGAUCGAGAAGGGCGGCAAGGACAUCUACCUGUACAUCAACACCGAGGGCGGCGACGUCGUGCCCACGAUGGCCAUCCUCGACACCAUGGGCUACAUCAAGUCGGACGUCGGAUGCGUCGGAUUCGGGUCCGCGAGGGCCAUGGGCGGCAUGCUCCUCGCCAACGGCGCCAAGGGCAAGCGCGCGGCUCUGCCCAACACGUGCAUCAUGCUCCACCACCCCGCGGGCGUCGCGCGCGGGUCCGCCUCGGACAUUCACAACGAGGGCAAGGAGCUGCUCAAGAUCCGCGCGAAGAUCAACAAGAUGGUGUCGCGCGCGACGGGUCAGCCCGAGGAGAAGGUGCACGAAGACAUUCGCCGCGAUUUCCACCUCACCGCGGAGCAAGCGCUCGACUACGGCAUCGUCGACAAGGUGCUCUACAAGAGGCGCGGACCGAGGUGAUUGAUAUUGACGCGGUGGUUUUGACGUGGUGAUUUCGUGGACGACCCGCGCCCGUGCGUCGGUGGAGCGCGGUGGACGGAUGGAUGGAGGGUUUUGCUGACGGGUGAGUGGCGGCGAGGCGAGGUGAGCCGGAGCGUCGCGAAGAGAAAACCCUGAUGUGGGGUUUAGUAGAGUGCCCGGUGGGGUCGACGAGCCGAGAGCCGGGGACUGAACUCGCGAUUCGUCGAGCCUUUGAUUUUUAUGCGACGUUCCGACGUUGGUUUU